AUUCCGUAAACAUUUUGGUAAACAUUUAUACUUCAAUAUGACUAGAAUUAUCAAGAGAACGCUCGCUCAGCUCUUCGUAAUACUGCAAUUAGCCAAAUGCUGUUUUGCUGCAAAUAUUCUCAUUCUUGGAAUGCCAUUCUACAGUCAUCUGGCUGGAAUUGCGAAAGUCGGUAAAUAUUUGCAAAGUCAAGGACACGACGUACGCAUUGCAAUCCCACCUCAGUUGGAAAACAAACUACAAAACUAUGGCAUUAAACCAUUGCUUUACCAUUGUCUGGGUGAGUUGCCAGAUAAUCGCCUAUUGGUGAAUUUGAUUUGGAAUUUAUAUUUUGAAAAACCUCCGUUGCUUCCCUUGCUGUUUACUGGCGCCAACUCGCAUUCAAAGCGAGCUGCAACUAAAAUAGUCCGGGAUGCUGAUCUUAGGCAGAAUAUAAAAAAAUUCAAGCCGGAUUUGAUUCUGUUGGAUUCAAGUGCAGUCGCUGUGAUAUUAACUCUAAUACCCUACAAGUUGAAUAUCCCCUUCGUUAUGUUUGGACAAGCAGCACUCCCUCAGUGUACCCGAGCUCCCAUCUUACCCACUGUGAUCCCUUUUAAAUUAUCAAUCAACCCGGUUCACCCAGAUCAAAUGACCUUCCUCGAACGUUUAUUUAAUACUUUGAUGAACCUAGCCUAUUAUCGACGAAGUACUUAUAUGAAUUCCUCACUCAUUUACGAAGUUGUUCCAGAGAAACCGUGUAUUUCACUGACAGAUCUUCAGGCUAAAGCCCAUUUGUGGAUCAUUCAGCAACCAAGUAUACUUGAUAAUAAUCCACCUUUGAUGCCAAACGAGAAAAGAUUACCUCACCUGCUAAACCUUACACCCAAACCGCUCCCCGAAGAAUUCCAGUCUUUUGCUGACAACGCGGAAAAUGGUGUCGUUCUUGUCUCAUUUGGUUCAAUUUUAAGCUCCAUGCCAGCUCAGGUGAAGGACAAAUUACUUCAAGCAUUGGGACAAACGAAGUACAAAUUUAUCACCCAAAGUUCUCUCCAGCAGAAAAACCAGCCAGACAAAUUCAUGUCACGAAAAUGGCUUCCUCAGUUUGACUUGCUUCGCCACCAGAAAACAAAACUCUUCAUCACCCAUUGCGGUGCAAAUGGCUUGCAAGAGGCACUGACUGCUGGUGUGCCUAUCAUUGGGUUCCCAGUGUUUGGAGAUCAAAUACAAAACGCUGUUAGCAUGGAGAAGAAUGGUUUUGGCCUCAAGCUGGACAUCAAGAUAUUUUCCGUCGAUGAACUGGUUUCCGCAAUCGAGGAAGUCGUUACCAACCCGUCCUACAAAUCAAAGGUAGAAAAGGCAUCUGCUAUUUUUCAAUCCGAGAGGGUUCCACCCAUUGAAGAGGCGGCCUACUGGAUUAACCACGUGCUUAAAUUUGGCGGUGAUCACUUGAGAUCUUAUGCUCAAGAUAUUCCAUUGUGGAAGUAUCUUGGUUUGGAUAUCAUUGCUUUCUGUUUGUUUCUUUGGCAUGUUGUUGUUUAUUUAGUCAUAACACUUUUAAGAUGUUGUUUAUCUCGUUGUUGUGGAAGUAAACAAAAACUAAAAGACGAAUAAAGACGUGCAGCUGUAGUCUAAAGAAAUUCCUACAUUAGAUAGACAAAUUCUACCAUAGAACAAUUUUAAAUGAUAAAUGUAAAACGAGAUCCAACCACACAGCCAGACUGACCAUCUUAAAUUGAGGUAAACUGUAAAGUUUGCUCGUGAAAUGUUGUGAUGUCUUGCAAAUAUAGCCCCACGAAGUUCACUAAUUUUGUAUAUAUCAUGCAGUGGCGUAGCCAGCCUGACGAUUUAAGGGUUGUUUACUUGAGCCCGGUUACCCGAGAUUCAACGAAGCGUGAGAUGAUUUUGAUGUAUUAAAAUGAGCAUCCAGAUAACCUUGAUCCUGGCAGUCGUAUAAUCACCACA